AAAACUUCCGGUUGAAAUCUUUUUGAAAUUAUCUGCUGCGUUUUUGGCAUUUUUUCCACCGAAAAAAGUAUUUGGAAGUUCUUAAAAAGGGAUAGCAUGUGAAAGUACAGCGUAGAUCUUGCCUGACCCCAGAAACCGGAGUUUUAUCCGACGGAACACUGACGCUCGGAACGAAGUGAAGAAUAAUGCCUCGACUUACGAUUACCCCUGCUGGUAAAACUGCUAUCAUCGGUCUGUCAUUGGCAGUGUUUGCAGUGGGACUACUAGCUGCCUAUUUGAGACGACGUAAAAAUAAAUGGCCAAGGAAGAAAGAACUGACAGAUGUGAAAAGCAAUGGCCAAGUUAGACCAACACCAAAUAUAGAUCUAAGGGAUGGCACAAGUACGAUUCUUCAUCACUGGAGUAGAAGUUCAACUCCACGUCUCCAUACAACAUCGUUAUCUCGCUCUCAGUCUGGCUCGGUAAUCUCGGCACUGGCGGCCAGUGAUCAAUCCUCGGAUGCCACUCUCAUGAAUGAGGAAUGUGACGUUAAUGUUAUCAGCCCAUACCAGCUUGUCAAUUUAGGAAUGGAUUCACUUAUAACUACAAUGGACUACUGGAGUGAAGCUCUUGAAAUGAUGUCAGCUGGUAACCAUGGCAACCACUUAGAUCCACUUUUCCCAAAUGCUACAUUACAUGUCCCUGAUGAUAUGGUUGAACAUUUAGAAGACUUACUUGCUAAGGCACAAGGCAUCAAAGAAGAUUAUGAAAGGCAAAUGUUACAUAGGGUGAGUUCCAUAGCCCUAGGCAAUGCAAUGAAUGCCAUAAGAGAUAUGGACCACUCCUCUAUACAGAGUGCUAGGAUAUGCAGACGAAUGGUUAUGUCAGAUGAUGAAAAUAGUGAAGUCGACUCAUUUGUCUCCGCAACUGAUGAGGUCGCUGAUAUAAGUGAUAUAGCAGAACAGAAGACGCAGUAUCAGCACCUUGUUCUUUACAAAGCUGCCCUCUUAGAGGUUGAAUAUGGCAGUGUCCUUUGCCGUACACUCAGAACUAAGAUGCUGGCCUGUGAUUCUGAUACAGAAUUCCUUGCAAAGUUACACUGUGUUAGAUUGGCAUUUGAGCAAUUGUUCAAGGAUGAGACCAUCAGACAAUGGUUUGCAAAUACUGGGAAAACAAUGAUUGCUGAUCUACUAAGAAAGGCAGAAAGGGAUCCUGAAGAGUUCAACGCAGCAUUUGAUGAAAUGAUCGACUACAUUAAAGAGGAAGAAAACUGGGUUGACAUCAAAACAGAACUGAAAGGAAGAGGGGUCCUAACCUACACAUUCUAUGACAUAGUAUUAGACUUUAUCCUUCUGGAUGCUUUUGAUGAUCUGGAAAACCCACCCAGCUCUGUAACGACAGUCGUACAAAAUAGAUGGCUCUCUAAUGGCUUCAAAGAGACUGCUCUAGCAACUGCAGUAUGGUCAGUUCUAAAGGCAAAGAGAAGAAUGUUGAAGAUUCGAGAUGGUUUCAUUGCCCACUUUUACUCAAUAUCUGAGCAUGUGAGUCCAGUGUUAGCCUGGGGCUUUCUGGGACCAAAUCCAGCUAUGAACCAACUCUGCACAUAUUUCAAGGACCAGAUUCUGGGCUUCGCUCAAGAUAUAUUCAAUUUCGACAAAGUUCGCUAUGCAAGUAUUGAACAAUUAGCUGAUGAUAUCCUCAAUAUUGCACGACACAGACACUCAUUGGCUAGUCAGCAUUUAUUAUGACACACAAUGUAGUUAGACACAUAAUGGCCAGUAAAUGGGGGAUCUGUUGGAGUUGAAGGAAUUUAUUAUGGUUCGUUUAUGGGGUCCUAAUGUACUUUAUGGCUUGAGUAUGGGGUCCUUAAAUACCUCCUAUGACAGACAUGAUUACUCAUGAAUAUCACAACACCAUUGUCAUGUAAAAUUAUCCUAUAAAAUAGGUAAUAACCAUAUAAAAUUGGUAAUUU